AUGUACAGACCCGAAAGAGUGAAAACGUCAUUCAAACCAAUUUCGCGUAACACCUUACUCCUCUCCUCUCUUGCUCCCCAUAGCGCCGCCCAGGCUGCCACUUGCCCAGCCAUCUGCCGUCACUGGUUCACCGUCACCGGCCCUCAGGUCCACCACCGUAACCGGAUUACAGGUCCACCACCGUAACCGGAUUACAGGUCCACCGCCGUCACCGGCUUAUAGGUCCACCACCGUCACCGGAUUACAGGUUCACCACCGUCACCGGAUUACAGGUUCACCACCGUCACCAGCUCCGGGGAUCACCUCACCGCGCGUCCACUAUGACGUAGUCAACGAUAAGCUGAACUGCUGAAGAUCCGCCGGACCGCCACUCACCAACUCCGCCGCCGUCUUACUCUACAAGGAGAAGGAGAGGUUCAGCGAUCCAGCAAGUCUACCACAAGAGAAAUGCGGAGGGCGGCGCUUUCCUCCGCUUCAUCGUCAAUCUGCUUCCUCAUCCGAAGCACUUCUUUUCAAAAUGGUCUUCUCCCUUUUCGCCCCAACUCUCCCUUUCUUCAUACACCCUGUUUCUCUAGUGGUCUGCCCAAGGAUUUCGUCCAAGGUUCUCAUUUUCGGCCACUCCUUCGAGUUUCCUCCAUUUCAGGCCAUCGGGGCUUCCACAGUAGCCUGUUUUUGGACAGAGCUAAUAUUGACGGAGAUACCUUAAAGAAAUCUGAGAGGAGCUUUACUCCGGAGGAUACGUCUACUAAGGUAAAGAGGAAAAAACUAAAGGGAAAGAGAGCAGUUGUAAGGUGGGUAAAGCACUUCAGGUGGAAAAAAAAGAAGGAGCAUCAAAGGAUGACUGCUGAAGAGAAGAUCUUAUACAAGCUGAAUAAGGCUCGGAAGAAAGAAGAAAGACUUAUUGAGGCACUGAAGAAGUUAGAGCCGAAAGAGUGGUCGGAGGCAACUCAUGAUCCUGAGGUAUUGACGCCGGAAGAGCAUUUUUAUUUUUUGAAAAUGGGCAUCAAGUGCAAGAAUUAUGUUCCUGUUGGUAGAAGAGGGAUAUACCAAGGUGUAAUCCUCAACAUGCAUUUACAUUGGAAGAAACACCAAACACUACAAGUAAUUGUUAAGACAUUUACUCCUCAAGAAGUGAAAGAGAUAGCUACUGAAUUAGCAAAAUUGACCGGUGGCAUUGUACUCGAUAUUCAUGACGAGAAUACGAUAAUCAUGUACAGGGGAAAGAACUAUUCACAACCUCCGGCAGAAAUUAUGUCACCACGUGUCACCCUUCCUAGGAAGAAGGCAUUGGACAAAUCUCAAUACAGAGAUUCCUUGCGGGCUGUCAGAAGAUACAUUCCGAGGCUUGAACAGGAACUUGAGUUGCUCAUAGCGCAAUUUAAAAACAAAGAGGAUAAUUCUUCCGAGAUAACUGAAAAUGCUGCCACGGUAUCACCUGAUACUCACAACAUUUCUUCUGCUCCCUUACCAAGCUUGGAGUCACCCCCUUCGGAUAAGCUAAGAAAAUUGAUGGAUCAAUAUGAUAAAACUGUGGAGGAUGAUUCAUUUACAGAUGCCAGCACGAAUUCAGAUUCAGAAGAUUUAUCUGACAUUUUUGAGACAGAUUCAGAUAGUGUGGAAAAUGUAGAACAGCCUCUAUAUUUGCAUGAGUUUGAUAAAUUUCCUGCGAAGAAUACAAACCCAGAAAGUUUUGCGGAAGAUCUACGUCAGAUGUCAUUAGACUCAAAGGAGGCCGAGCUGUCGAGUGAAGGUGUUGACCUUGCUGACUUUGACGAGGUUGACCAAAUCUUUUUGCGAGCAGCUGAACUUUUGAAGAAUAAGAGACGAUGAAGGAUUUGUUAAAGGCGGAGGUCCAGGUGGCGGGGGUCGUUUCUGGUUAGGGGUUACAUCUGGAAAGGUGGCGGCAUCGAAGAAGGUGAUGGGAGCGACGGUGGUGGUAGCUUUAUAUGGCGGGGAAAAUAGAUUCGGAUUUGGCACCUCAAUGUGAUACAACUUCAGAAGAGUAUAGCUUCUUGCCUUAUUUGCAGUGUCAAGUUCUUGAACUAGGAUGGAUUUCAAUAAAUAAUUGAAGAACAGCCAAUAAUAUUUCCCAUGUCCAUAUUGAGGAGCACAAAUGGUUUUUAAGUCAUGUCUCAUAACACUUGAGAAAUAUCAGAAGAACUUCAAUCUAAGUUCAAUGAAGAAAACAAACUUACCAAUCGUAUGGACACGAAACAAGAAGAUCAGGACGGUCAAGACCUCGACCUCGACCUCUAUGAUAUUUGUUGUAGAUUUUAUUUUAGUUUAAUUUGUCGGUGUUUUAUUACGAGUACUAUCUUUUAAGUUUAAUUAGAACAUAAAGACGAGAUGAUGUGGGUGUGAUUGUUGGUUUCUCCUGAAUUGGAAGUUUAUAAAUGAUGUCAAAAGAAAAAUUUGAGCAAUGAAGUUUCUAUUUCUUUUUAUUGUUA